AUGGUCAAGAAGAUGAACAAAAGAAAAAAGAUGGUUAGGGGAGCUGCUGUUUUUGUUGCACUGGCUGCAAUGGCAGUCAUUGUUCGGGCUGUAAUAAGGAAAAGAAGACCACGCGUUACCUAUGGGCCAAUGCAUGAAAGAGACCGAAUCAGAUUUGAUUAUCUAAACCAAAAAAUAUGGCAAAGUGAUGUGUUGUGUAAAAACAUGUUAAGGUUUGAAAGAGCUGCGUUUUUUAAUUUGUGUGCCAUAUUGAGGGAUCGCAAGUUGCUAGAAGACAGUCCACAUCUUAGCGUGGAGCAACAAUUGGCGAUGUUUUUGCAUACAAUUGGGCAUAACCUUCGGAAUAGGGUUGUGUCAGCCAACUUUUGUAGAUCAUACGGCACAACCAGCAUCUAUUUUAGAAAGGUUCUUCAUGCCAUAGGCGAGCUUCGUAAUGAUUAUAUAUGGCCACCAUCAUUGGAGACCCCCACAAAAAUUGCAGGAAAUCAUCGGUUUGACCCAUACUUUAAGGAUUGUAUUGGAACUAUCGAUGGUACACAUGUGCGAGCAGGUGUUACCAAAGAUGUGGAGCAUUCUUUUCGUGGUAGGAAGGCCUUUACAACCCAAAAUGUGAUGGCAGCGGUAGAUUUUGAUCUCCGCUUCACGUAUGUAUUGGCUGGUUGGGAAGGGUCAGCACACGAUGCAACCGUUUUAGCUGAUGCGUUAACACGUGAGAGAGGCUUACAAGUACCACCAGGGAAGUUCUACCUAGUUGAUGCCAGUUAUGGAGCCAAGCCCGGGUUCUUACCACCUUUUCGUGGUGUGAGGUACCAUUUGAAUGAGUGGGGCAACAAUCCAGUCCAAAAUGAUAAGGAGCUAUUCAACCUUAGGCACUCUUCACUACGGGUGACGGUAGAGAGGGCAUUUGGAUCUCUCAAGAGGCGUUUCAAAAUUUUAGAUGAUGCCAAACCAUUCUUUACUUUCCCGACACAAGUUGACAUUGUUAUAGCUUGUUGUGUUCUUCACAAUUAUGCACUAUCACAAGGGAUUGAUGAAUUUAUUAUACCGGAAGUGACAUGGACCACCCAACCAAUUCGAACAUCAAGGCAACAAGCAAAAAUGGAGAGUGUUGAAGUCACCGCUGCAAGUGGGAGCUCCGCGAGAGCUGGCAUCAUUGUAUGGACCAAUUCCAUGACGAAAACCAUGCUUGGUUUUUUGGCUGGUCUUGUUGCUGAUGGGAAGAGAACUUCAAGUGGAUUCAGGGAUGUGCAUCAUAGACAAUGUGCUGCUGUUUUGAACGAGCAAUUCAAGCUUUCUGUCACUGGAGAUCAAGUCAAAAAUCAUCUCAAGAAGUGGAGGAAGAUAUGGGGAAGGGUAGCCAACUUGAAGAAUUUAAGUGGAGCUCUAUGGGAUGAAGAUACUUGCACAAUUAGGCUCAGCGAGGAGCACUAUGCAGGGCAUUGUAUGACCCACAAAGCUGAUGCCCCCUUCUUGAAUACACCAAUUGAACACUAUCAUGCCAUGGCUUCCAUUUAUGGGACAAUGGGGGCCAAGGGGCAGAAUGCUAGGUCUGGCAAUGAUCUUCUUUCUAUUGAUCUCGAAGACGAGGAGAAUGGUGAGGUGAACACGUCACCACAUGUUGGUGAGUCUUCUGACCCCAAAGCACCACCCAAAAAGAAGGCUAAGAUAAAGCACGUUGUUGAGGAUCCACUAGUUAUCACUCUCAAAGAUGGGUUCAAACUUGUGGCUGAAGCGCUUGUGAAGUCUAGUGGAGAUGAUGAUGACAUACCCGAUGACCUUUGGGAUGUAUUAUCCACAUUGCCAGAUUUUGAAGAGGAGCACCUAGCCCAUUACUAUGCUCAUCUUGUGGACAACCCCAAGACUGCAAGAGCCUUCAUGAAACUUACCCAAAUCAACAAGUCCGUUUGGGUGAGUAGGUAUGUCAAGAAGAACUUCUAA